CUUGAGGGACUGACUGAGUGUCGUCCAUCCCCAACGUUUGCCCUCUCGUCGACUCGACGAGACGGAACACGGAGAAGAGCAGCAGGAUGCCCAGGCCCAACUUCUACGACGAGAUCGACCUGGAGGAUAUGACCUUUGACGAGGACGCGAACCUGUUCCACUACCCGUGUCCCUGCGGCGACCGGUUCGAGAUCAGCCUGGCGCAGCUCAAGGAGGCCGAGGAUGUGGCCAAGUGCCCCAGCUGCAGCCUCAUCAUUCGCGUCAUCUUUGACCCCCUCGACUUUGAGGAUGAUGACGAUGCAGCGGCAACGACGAGUGCGGAGCCUUUGCCACAAGCGCAGCCAAUCGCUGCCUGAUGGACUAGGUAAAGAUGCUGUACUAGACCAUCAGCAUGUCGAGCCGCGCCACCAGGGUGUCUUUCGUCAGUAUUCACCAAAUGGCCGCCUGCCAAACCACGCCCGCUGUCAAAUCACGCCGGUCGCCGAAGAGCUGUCCUGGCACAGGUUAAGCUGGGCCCGCGAUGUCGCUCCAGCCGCAUACAUAGCACAAGCACCGCGGCUGAGCAGAGGCCGUGACGCUGCGCUUUGGCUUCCCGAUUGAUAUGUGAAAGGAGGUAGCAUACAAUUGGAAUGACAAAAAUAAAGAGAGGGCUUCAAGGUGCCCUGAGAUAGCC